UCAAUUGUUAACUUCAACUAUAUCCACAAGCAAAACCGAGUCUUUCGCAUAAUUUCACCAGAAAAUAAUGAGCAAUCAGGAGACUCGGAGUGCAAACAACUACCAGGAAAUUGCGCCACACUUGUCGCUGCGUAUCGCGAAGGUUCCAGUAGAGGACACACUAGAGCUACGCCACGCAGUUCUCUGGCCAAACGAACCACUAUCUUACGUUCGUCUUCCUGAGGAUGACGCCGGUCAUCAUUACGGCGCAUUCUUGCCUGCGAUUGACAAACCUGUCGCAGUUAUCUCACUAUUCAAAGAAUCCAUGCCUACCAGUGUGGCCAUUGAGUCCGCAGCUGCGAGUGAGGGUGACACACCCUCUGAAUCUGCAGCCCGUUUUCGCAAGUUUGCCUGCGAUCCUUUGUAUCAAUGCCAAGGAAUUGGGACAAGUUUAUUACAACAUGUCUUCAAAGCUGCUAGUUCAGAACUAGCAGUCAACGUGAUAUGGUGCGAUGCGCGUCUCUCCACUUCGAGCUGGUAUGGCAAACGCGGAAUGAUUCCGUUUGGGGAACCUUUCUAUAAGGGCUCUGUGGAGUACAUUCGUAUGAGAACGGAUCUCCGGAACGCCUAAGGUGGUUAGUCUGUCUGAGGGGAGGUGUGGCAAGCUAACGGCGGCCUUUACAUGCGGCGUCGACGCUUUCGUUGCUAU